UUUCUUUCGCUCUCUCGCUCGCUCGCUCCGCAUAUUCGUCCCUCCGCUCUUUUGCCAGUAACUCGUUUUCCUUCUCUCUCCCUCUCUCUCCAUCUCCUUCAGCACGGUAAAACGGGAUUCUUUCCUUCUCUGGUCCGCCGUUCUCCGUACACUCGAGAGUGUUGGUGGAUUGUCUGGUGUCCGUGAGGGCCUUCUGCGACGUUGCCGCAUCGCGUGCUCGACGGCAGUGCAUGGUUGCCGCGAGAGUUGGAGAGCGUCUCGCUCCUUCGCGCACGUUCAUAGGCUCGCUCGGUCUCUCUCUCGUACUUUCUUCCCUCCGCGCGCGGCCGGGAUCAACUGUACACCCUCCACCGCCAACGGCCAACAUCCCCACCAUCAUCGCUGCCGGAGCCCCUCCGCAUCCCUUCGCCUGGCGCGAGCCAGCCAGCCUACUUGCUUGCUUGUGUUCUCGGCGCAGUGCCGUACGCCAUAAUUUCGCGUGCCCAACAUAUGAUAUGUCGGAAAAUCGCCAAUUACCGGGACGGAAAACCGUUUGCUGGCUGCGCGGUCUGCCCGAUGCCUCGUCCUCAAAAACUGUCUCGACGAGUCUCAUUUGACCCAUUCGCGUCGAAAUGCAGACGCGCGUCGUGCGAUCGUCGAAACACGAAGCGAAAAUCCAUAAUACAUAAAUCUGGAAUGGCGGUGCAGUACGCAUAUUCAUCAAAAUAUUCGUCUUCGGAUCGAGUGAGGUUGAUUUUUUACAGUACUAAGCAGCGACUUUUUCAAAGAGCUACUUCUAUACGUGGGAUAUAUAUGAAUGUAUAAAUCUAUAAAAAAUAAACGUUCGGUUAUAAGAUUUUGCUACUUUUUCUUUCUCGUCCCGUCUCUCGUUCGUUCUUUAUGCAUCUGUCUUUUCAAUUUCGUCGCUGGGCGGACACAGCUAGCUGGCACAUUGUUGUGUCGCGGUCUAUGAAAGAGUAACAACGGAGACGGAGCGGAAUCGCACUUGUAUCGAACGCGUCGCUUUCUCGGCGUGUUGUGGAUCGCGUUUGUUCCACAAUGUUGAACGUGUUCAAUGAGCGAAGCGACCGAUAAAAUUUGCGAUACUCCGACAAACGUUUGGCCUUUUGGAACGCAAAACGCGUCGCCGUACGCACAGCACGCUCGCAAAUUAUAAAAUAGACAAAUCAAUCUCUCUCUUUCUCUCCUUUGCGCGUAGUGGAAAUCAAGGUGCGAGACGAGAGAGAGGAAGAGAAGGGAAAGGAGGGAAAGAGCGGUCCCUUUGUGCGUUUUUAUUAUACAUGCGAGAGGAGCGUUCGGCGGACCGAAAAUAACAGAAAAUGGAAGCCCGAGUGAAAGUAGAAGUUAAGGGACGUGCUGGUCGUUGACGGAAUUUCAACGGAACAGCACGGCUCGAAGGAACACAACGUUAAAAAUCAGCAAAACCGACCCAGCCGGAAUCUGUAUUUCUCCUUCGACAUCGUUCGACAAACACGUUCGCGCGCGGAUUUAAGCCAGACAACGACUCUCGCGUCCGGAUUUCGAGCCAUCGGCUUUAAGUCGGGGAUCUUUCAGGAUGUAGCCGAGCGCUCGUGGCCGGUGCACAGCGCAAUCGGCUGUUCUACAGGAAUUGUCGCGCAAGCAUCGCUCAUGUCGAAAAAAAGAAACGUCGCUCGGAGGAUUCCGGCGUGAAAGACUCGCAGCAAAGGUGCGUUUCCUCCUCUUGAAUGACACACGAGAGAAUCGAAGGGGGCGACGGUAGCGCCAACCGACAGCAGCGCUCGAGCCGGCCCUGAGUUAGCGCAGUCCAUUCCCUCCCGUUCGCAGAACGCGCGCGCGACGCUGCUACGGCGCUCGUUCGUUCGUUCUCGCUCGGUCGGUCGCUCGCUCACUCACUCGUUCUCGGUUCCCCCCACUCUGGAAGCGACGAUACCCCUCAUCCCGUCGCCGCGUUCGCGCCCGGACGUCCCGCACCCGCCGCGGCAGCCUGUUACCCUCACCCCGCGGCCGCUGCCCGCCCCGACGCUCCUCUCCCUUUUCCCCCCCGCUCACCUCACCGUGAUUCCGCCUUGCCUGCCUGCCAGCCUGCCGUCCGUCCUUACGUCCGUCCGUUCGCCGUUUGGAUCUAUGGUUGUGUGCGGUGGAUUUCGUGACGUUAACCUGGCGGCCCUGAAAACGCCGUGUGGAUCGGCCGCGCCGAUUUUCGUGCAGCGAGACACCGAGUCGUCGGGGCGCGAGUGCGCGAGAACGCGAGUGUUUUUUAAUCGCGGUGACCCGUCGCCGUUGUUGCUGUCGCCGCCACCGCCGCCGCAGCCGUCGUUCGCCGCUGCUGCUGGCGAUCGGCUCCACGUCAGGGAAUACGAUAUAUCGAGGAAAUAGUUUUGUCGCGGGUGCCGCGAUUACCGACCGAGUGUUCGCUAUCACGCCCGUGCCUGCCGCCGCUCCUUCGUCAUGAUACAUCAUCCAGCUGGUGCCUCUUCGCCCGCCCGCUCCGGUUCUCGUGUACCUCGAAUCUUCGUCGUCGUCGACCUCGUCGGCGACCUCGUGGUUUGACCUCGUCGUCGCGUCGACUCGCCCGCCCGCCUGACUUCUCGUCAUCGACGAAAAGAGUCAUCGUCUCGAGACGUUCUCUCUCUCUCUCUGUGUUCUCCAUGUGUGAUGUACCGCUUGUGAUCCACGCCGUGGUGGCCCAACCUCUGCGCUCCCGCAUUUUUGUGCCCGCCGAGCCCGGGGAGUAUCGAGGCACGACCGAGUAGUAGCGGCCGCGCGGUGUUUCGAGAACGAAGCCUGAAAAUAACGGACCUAUUAAUAGGGGGAUAUCUAACGACGCGCGCGGCCACGUUCCGCGUGUGAACUUGAAGAUAGUGAGGACCGACGACGACGAGCAGCGCGACCGCCGACGAUCGUGGAGUGUCAUCGGUCGCAGCCGUCGGUCUUGCUGAUCGUCGUCCUCGACACCGCCGAGUGUCGGCGAAACGUCUUCCGGCAGGCACGGAGUACGAGGAUUCUCGGGCGCCGAGGUCGCCACUCGACGAGUUCGGACGGGAAGGAGCGCACGAGCAGGCGGCGACGAGAUCGCAGCGGAAGCGGCGACACGCAAACGAGGUGGAGAAGGAGGAGGAACAGCGGUACGAGAAAGAAGGGGAGGCGGAAGAAGAAGAGGAGGAAAAAACGAGAAAUUCGACGGUUCCGCUAUUACCAGUGUCUACGCGUGUGUGCGUGCUGCGGUGCCGCGCGAUAGUGCACGUGGACGGGUGUGACGGUGUGCGGUGCUGUGCGUUCGGUGGAAGAAGAGGAAGACGACGACGAGGUGACGAACAAGAGGAGGAAGAGGAGGAGGUGGAGAAGAGUAAUAAUAAAGCAAAAACGCGCACGAGGAGGUAGCGUGCGCGAGAGUGAGGAAACGAGUGCGAGGGCGCGAAGAAGAAAAGGUGGUGCGCGGUGUUCGCGACACUUGGGUAGGUAGAGGGGAAGCGGAGAGGAAGGGAACAACAACAACGCGAAACGCCGCAACGAGUGUCUCCUCCGCGCGGGACGCGAGGUGUAUUAUGCUGCGGAGUAACGUGCCGCGAAGCGCGAUUAUCGGUUGUUACCUGGAUCGAUCGGCCGAUCGAAUUUUCUAAAUAGGUAUAUAUAGAGGUUAUAACCGCGGUGUGUAUAUAUAUAUAUAUAUAAAUAUAUACAUAUAUAUAUAUAUACACACGGCCGCGCCGCGUACGAGUACAUAUGUGUACGGGCGCGCGUGUGUGCGUGAUUGCUGCUGCGUGCGUACAUGCACGGCAUCGACAACAGCAGAAGCAACAACAACGCCAGCAUCAUCAUCGUCGUCGUCGUUCCCAGCCGAGGCCGGAUCGGUAAAUUGUGCGACAGUUGGAUCGACUCCGGCUCGCUGCUGCGGAAAAUUUCGGAUCCUGUUCGCUUUCCACGGCUGACGUCAUUACUGUUCACAAUGCGCUAGGGGUGAUGGAGACAGUGGGCAAGCAAGUCCAGGUAGUGAGUGGAUUGGGGGUGGGGGGUCCGGUGGGUCCUGUGGGCCCAGUGGGGGGUGAAUUGCAUCACCAUCAUCACCCUCACCCCCACGCCCACCCUUCGCAUCCGCAGUCCCACCUCCACCCUCACCCCCAUGGCUCCCAUGGCCACUCGCUCGUCGGUGCUACGUCGAACCCCGGCAGGGGUCAGGCCCAACCACCGACCUCGCAUAACCAACACUUACCGGCGAGGUCCACCCCCAUACCGUUGCACAGACAGACUCAGAGCUAUGUCAACAUCAAGAGCAGCAGCAGCCCGGUAUCGCCGAGGACGGUAGGGACGGGGGCGACGUACGUCUCGGGUGGAGCGGCCGCAUCCUCUACGGGGACUGCGGGCGCGGCUGCAGCGGCGACCGCAGGUGGCAAUGCCGCCGCUGUUGGUGGGCCCUCGAUCGCCGUCGUCGCCAGCAGUGGCACCUCCAGUGGCAUCGUCAGUGUAUCCAACAUCAUACCGGCCGGUAGCAGCGGGGGUGGUGGCAGCGGAGGAGCGAACAGCGGCGCGAACAGCAACAACAACAAUAACAGCGGCGGCGGCGGCGGAGGUGGUGGUGGUGGUAGCGGCGGCGGCAGCGGCGGCAGUGGCGGCAGCGGGGGAGGUGGCAGUGGCGGAGGCAGCGGCCCCGGCGGCAGUGGAACAACCGGUGGAGGUGUCAGCGGAGGUAGCAGCAGCGGCGGCGGUGUCGGCGGAGGCGGCGCGGGCGCAAGUUCGUCUGCGCCCGGUGGCUACGUCGCCGUGCCUAUGCCUGGAGGUUUACGCUAUAUUCAUCCCUACCCGCCAACCUCGGUGUCGACGCCGGCGGUCGCCGCUGUGGUCACCACAGCCUCCUCCCAGGCUGUCCCGGUACCUGUGCCGGUGCCCGCGCCCGCCUCCGCUCCCCCACCGACCCACCAGGCGCCCACCAUCAGCCAAACGCCGCCGCCGCUUACCGGCACUACUGCCUACGCUGCGAGAGACACGUACCGUGCCGGCACCACGAACGUGAACGAGAGGAUCGCCAUCAACGUGAGCAGCAGUCCUCUGUCGCAAGUCGGCGUGGGCGUCCCCGUGGGGGGUGUGGUAGGCGCAGGAGUGUCCGCCGAGUACACGGUCAGCGGCGGGAUAGCCGGUGGUAUGGGUGGUGGCAGCGGCAGGGACCGGCCGAGGAUAUCCCUGUUACCACCAGCCUCGAUCACGCCAACGCCGUCGCCGACCGCGCCUGACUAUCAGCAUGUGUCUGCAGCCAGGAACCCGCGGAUAGGCCUUAUGCCCGUCCAACCGGAUCAGUAUUGCAGCCGCACCGCUGCUACUAUUGUCAUGGCCGGCGAUCUGCAGGAUACGCCGCCCUUCAAGAAGAUCCGUCUGGGACAGCCGCCCCAGCUGGUCCAGCAGCUGCAAUCGCAGCCGCAGUCCCGCUGUCAGAGUCUGUCGCCGGCUGAUCCUGCCUGCGGCAGCAAGCAGGAGCAGCAGCAACACGUCGUACAGUUGCAGCAACCACUCAGGAUAGACACCAGGGAGCAGCCUGCAGUGGGUGCGUACACGCCGCAGACGGAAGCGAUUUCUCCUACGCUGCCAGAACCCAACACGCAAGAGGACGUGAAUUACAGAAGCACCAAGGACGAUCUCUUGCAGCAAAUCGCCAAGGUCGACAGGGAGAUUGCUAAGCGAGAAUCUCAAAUAAGCAAGCUGAGGAAGAAGCUAAAAGAGUUGGAAGAAGCGGCGAACAAGCCUCUGGAAGCGAGCGGUUUGAAACGUCAAGUUGAGGAACAGUCGCAGCAACCAAAGCAUCAGUCGUUAGCACAAAAGAUCUACGCUGAAAAUAGGCGAAAGGCGGAGGAAGCUCAUAAACUCUUGGAAAGACUGGGUCCUAAAGUGGAACUACCUUUGUAUAAUCAACCGUCGGACACGAGCGUGUACCAGGAGAAUCGCACACGGCAUCAGACGUGUAUGAGAGCCAGACUGAUAUCGAGGCUGCGGAGGGAACACUCCGAGCGCACGUCAUUACAUCGGCAACAGUCGCAGACAUACGCCAUUCUCGUGCAGGAGUGGCAUCGCAAGGUAGAGCGGUUGGAAGCGGCGCAGAAAAGGAAAUCCAAGGAGGCGAAGAAUCGCGAGUUCUUCGAGAAAGUAUUCCCGGAGUUGAGGAAACAGAGGGAGGACAAGGAACGUUUCAACCGUGUCGGCGCUCGCAUCAAGAGCGAGGCCGACCUCGAGGAGAUAAUGGACGGUCUGCAGGAACAAGAGGAAGAAACGUUGCAAGAUUUAAAAAAUUCCAUUAAAGCCUGUCAGAUGGAGGAUAAGAAAAUGCGUUCCUACGCCGUCAUACCACCUCUGUUGUUGGACACGAAGCAAAGGAGGAUCGCGUUCCAAAAUCGGAAUGGAUUGCUCCAGCCGGAGGAAUUAGAAGCUCUGCACAGUGAACGUAAACUGAUUAACGUUUGGAGUUCCGUGGAGCACGAAUUGUUCAAGGAGAAAUACCUCCAGCACCCUAAGAACUUCGGAGCGAUAGCUCAAUCGUUAGAACAUAAGUCUGCUCCAGAUUGCGUACAUCAUUACUACCUCACUAAAAAGGCGGAAAAUUAUAAACAGCUCUUGCGGAAGUCGCGCCAGAGGACGCGUAGCUCUCGAAAUAAUCCGAAUAACAAAGUAAAUAAUACUAGCUCCACCAUCGGACCUAUCGAUAUUUUAACGACAGGAGUAACGACGAGGUUACAGCGAGAACAACAACAGAAGACCCAGGAGAAUCCUCAAAGCAAUUCGACGACGACGACAUCUACAACUACAACGAACACCACGUCGGCUACGUCAGGUGUAUCUUCCGCGACCGUGGUGACUACGACGACGACGACGACGACGACGACGACGACCUCGUUAAGCUCGAUAACGUCCGGCGUCAGCUUAACCACGGAUUCCGUAACGGCAUCAAUGACAACGACAUCUGUCCUGAACACCAUCGCGACGUCGAGCACGUCGGCGACACCGACGACAUCCGGCUCGAAGGAUUCCAGGGAGGCCGGCAAGGAUGGCAAAGUCGACUCGAAAGAGUCCCAUCCUAUAAAAAUGGAGUUCGGUCUGAUACCGCAGCUGGACGGGUUACCGGGGAAGGAUAUCAAAGUAAUAAUGGAAGGGAAAGGCCCGAUAUCCUCGUCUUCGUCUGCGUUAAAUACGACGAAUGUCUCGGCCAUUCAACCGGAUUUCAAGGACUCCAGUAAGAAGAAACCAGGUUGCAGGGAUACGGGCAGCUGCGGCACUAACGUCGCGACUGGCGGUAGAAUAAAGGAUAAGAAGAAGGAGAAUCACGCCACUCCUAUGGAAACCAGCGACGAGGAGGCACCGACGAUCGACGUCAUCGAAAGCGGCAGGCAAAUCGGACCGCACGCUUGCACGGUGUGCCAAAAUGUCGUCGAGGGGAACAACCACAGCCGUGCGUUGCCGCGCAGCCAAGCGUCGCAAUACGGUCUGCGGGAGGAUCAGGUGCUACCUGGCGCGCGCGUCUGCAACACCUGCAGAUGCAAGGCUGUCCGAGGACGUUACACCGCCUGUCCGUUGCCCGGUUGUCCAAAUCUGCACAACAGCUCGAAGGCUAGGGUGAAGCGACUGAGAGCGUUACCGUCGAAGUGGCUCGACCUGCCCCCGGAGAUCCGAGAGCCGAUCGCUCAGGAAUUCCAAAUACCGAAUAGCGCGACGAAAUGCUGCUCGGUCUGCUUCAGUCGAAUAUCGCGACGGUUGGCGCCGCACCUCGCCGGCGGUACCGAAACGUCCGACGACGUUGUUGACUUAAUGUCACGCCAGUGGACCGACGAGGAACUGGAGUUACUUCGUAAGGCGUUGCGUGAACACGGCACCAACUGGCUGAAGGUCGCCGAGCAGAUACCCGGGAAAACUAAUCAUCAGUGCAAGAAUUAUUACUUUGCCAAUCGUAAGAAGCUGUGUCUCGAUCAGGUCGUGGCCGAGUAUUACCAAUCGUUGGGGGAAGAACGAAGACCAUGCCUGACGGACGAAGAGGAGAGUGGUAGUAGCACUAGUAGUUGCGACGAAUUAGCCGUUCACGACUCGAGCGACACAGCCAGCGCGGGAAGUCCGGCGAACACCAUGACCGGUAACGCGUCGGUGGUACCUGGCGGUUCCUCGACGUCAUCCUCGUUACCGAUGUCCUUCCAACGAUCCACAGACCAGAAGCUUGGAGAGAAACUCUCGGACAUAGCUGUGGUAUCCCUAGUCCCAUCCGUUGGAUCGUCUCAUCAGUCUUCCAGCAGCGCAGGUACUGCCGCAGCAUCCAGUGGCGCCAGAGAGGAUUAUGACAGUUCAGCCACGGAGACAGCGGACGAAGGUCAGGGUGGUGCUGACUUAGAUAAUAACAGCGUCGUUGUGACACUGACGAGUGCCAGCAAUACGCCGUUGCAACAACAGGGUCAGCAGCAGCAUCAACAACAGCAGCAGCAGCAGCAGCAACAACAACAGCAGCAGCAGCAACAACAACCACAACAACCUCCGCCUGUCGUUCAUUCGCCGCCUUCCACAACGAGCAAUUCCAAUCCUCUUACCGUGAAGGAUCUUAUGCUUGGAGUUAUCGAGAUGCAAUUGAAGCGUCCAAUGGUCAAUAGUCCAGCUGAUAGUGGCUCGUCCGGUCCCAAUAGUUCCGGCACGCCGACGAUAACCAGUAUAUUAAAGGCGGACGUUCAUCGUCACGAGAUAACAUUUGUGCGUGGCUACAAGCCGCCUUCGAGCAUGACGAACACCUCAUUGUCCAAUAGAGACUCGAAUUUGGCGACGCUGUCUGUCGUGUCAGGACCGCAUCAUGGUCAUCGUUCUGCACCCAGCCCAAAGCUCGCUCAGAUGCAGGCUACCAUAACCCCUUGUCCCCCCACGGCGCCGAGCAGUCAGACCUCUUCGUCGUCGUCGGACAUAUUCCCGAAGGAAGGGCUGGUUGUGAUGCAAGUGCAACAGGCGCUCCGGGAAACCGAAGGUACGCUGGACUUGAGCAUCAAGAAGCCGCGGCAGCAGCAGGACUACAACCACUCGCUGCAGAACCUGCACAAGCCUCCGACCGGCACGCUGUACCGGCAGGAGCCGCCGUCGGCCGCUUACUAUCACUCGCACGGGCCGCACCCGGAACAGGGUCGGGGCGCGAAGAGUCCGCUGGUGUACGCGUCUUCUCCUCGGCCGCAGGCGGCGGCCAUCAGCACCAAGAUGAACAAAGUGUCCGUGCCGCCGCCGCCGCCGCCGCCGCCUCACCCGAAGCUGUCGCCGAAACUGGGCACGCCCGGUCACAAAGGCGGCUCCAUCACGCACGGCACGCCGGUCUCGACCGCGCGCUACGAGGGUCUGCUGCGGCAGAUGACGCCGCCCGGCGGCAACCCGACGACGGUGAGCGUCGCGACGACCGGGGGCGGCGUCGUGAACGCCAGCGCCGGCGGGCAAAAGGAGACGGGCUCGAUCACCCAGGGCACACCGGUGCACCCGUUCGCGGUGGACAAGCGCGGCGCGCCGAUGUACGACUACCAUCGCGCGAUCCGACACUCCCCGGUGACCGGGGGCGGGGGGAGCGUGCCGGCGGGGCAGGCCGGCGGCCAGCCGGCGUCGGCCGCCGUGGUGGUGAGUCACGGCGGUGCCGGCCAGUACAACUCGUACUCCGGCCGGCCGCCGCCCAGCUACACCAUGGAGCAGCUCUCCUCCCGGCAGAUCAUCAUGAACGACUACAUCACCAGCCAGCAGAUGCACGCGCGCGCGAGAGGCGGGGGGACGGCGGCCGGCGCCGGCGAGACGGCCGCCGGUAAGAGCAACGAGCAGCCGCCGCCUCCGCCGCCGCCUCCCUCGACCUUGUACUACGCGAGCACGCCGCCGCCGCCGCCGCCUCAGACGCACACGCAGCCGCGGCAGGGCGUCAUCCAGAGGCACAAUCCGCAGAAGCAGCUGCACUAUCAACCGCCGCCCGGGCUGGAGGCCUUCUCCAGCCUGGUGGACGUGGCGGUGCAGCAACCCAGUCUUCCGGUGCCGCACCCCCACGGGCCGCAUCCGGCGGCCUCCGCCGGCGGCGGUGGCCACGAGGGCCUCGGCAAGACCAUGGCCGACCGGCUGCUGGCCGAUCAUUACGUCGACAACAACCGGGCGUUCCGCGAGCAGGAGAUGCAGCGGCUGCAGGAGCACCGGAUGGCGAUGCAGGCGGAGCACAGGAUGCAGGCGGCGGCGGUCGCGCAUCACCAUCAGCAGCGCGACCGCGAGAGGGAGCGCGAUCUCGCGCAUCUGCGGGAGAAGGAGGAGCACCGACUGCACCGGGAGAAGGAGAUGCAGCAGCAGUUCGUCGAGCAUCGUCUGGUCGUUCAGCAGCGCGAGAAGGAGAUACAGCAGCAGGAGCAGCACGCCCAGCGGCUGGCCCAGCAACAGCGGGAGAAGGACAUGCAGCACGUGGUGGAGCAUCGUCUGCCCAUGCAGCGGGAGAAGGAGAUGCAGCAGCACGAGCAGCAGCACCGUAUGACCGUCCAUCAGCAGCAGCGGGAGAAGGAGCUCCGGCAUCAGAUGGUGGUGGCCGCUCAGCGCGAGAAGGAGCACCAGGAGCACCGUCUGAUCGUCCAGCAGCAGCACCGCGAGAAGGAGAUCCAGCAGCAGGAGCAGAGGCUCGCGAUCCACCAGCAGCAGCGCGAGAAGGAUAUCCAGCAGCGCGAGCGGGACCUCCAGCAUCUCCAGCAGAUCCAGCAGCAGCAGAUGCAGCAGCAGCAGAUCCAGCAGCACAUGCAGCAGCAGCGCAUGGAGGCGGAGAGGAGGCACAUGGCGCAUCAGAUAUACAGAGAUCAGCAGCAGCUCGACCGGGACUCCUCGCGGCUGUUGAACAGCGGUUUCUCCCAGCAGUCAUCGCGGUUGCAGCAGCAGUCGCAGCAGCAUCAGCAGCAGUCGUCGUCCAGGCAGAGCCAGUCCUCGUCCGGUCAACAGCAGAACGACUCGUCGUCGACACUGACCGCCGCUAGUCUAAUCGACGCCAUCAUAACGCAUCAGAUCAAUCAGAGUGUCGAGAAUUCCGGCGGUAGCGGGUCCUCUGCUAAUCAGCCUACGCGCGCGGGCGAUCGCCUCUUCCAGGGAUUUCAUCGCGAGGCCGCGCAAGAAUCCAACGGUAUUGCGCACAGUCCUGCGGGCGACGGAGUGGGCGGCGGUGCCAGCGGAAAUGGAAGUGGAGGCAACAAAGCGAUCACUCUCGGCGAGCACGUCGAGCACAUCGUGUCGAAAGAUUUCUGCCCGCCGCACUCAUCUUACAGACCUUACACCGGAUACCAAAUUCCCGAGGAUCAGUGGAAACGACGGAAAAUGAACGAGCCGGACUCGGUGAAGACUGGAGACGAGCGUCAGAUAAUACGCGUCGCCCAACAGCAGCAGCAGCAACAGCAGCAUCAAUCAGCGUCCUCCUCCGUGGGGAAGCAACAAUUCCAGCAUUCUGUCGAGCCCGUCUCGCCCCCGGAAGCUACCAGCAAUCACUACGGGCGUCGUUUCUACGAAUCGACCACUGCCACAUCCACUUCCGGUACACCCUCCAACAAGCCCCAUCUGUCGCCGUUAGAUUACGUAAAGAACAAGAUCGUGGAAGUGAUGCGAACGUCCGAGGACGAUAAGGCUGCUGCUGGCAGCGGUACCGCGGUUUCCUCCGACCGGAAUGGCGGCGGCGGCGGCGUCAGCGACAAAACGGCGGACGAGAAGGUGGCGGUGGCGAACGCGGAGAGGAGGAGCCCGUCCGUCGUCGGCGGCACCACCGGCGGCGAAAUGGUGGUCGACGAAGCGACCACCCCGCAACCACCGCCCGCACCGGCGGCGGCGCCGACGAAUUUCUAUCCGUUCAGCGCGUUAGGCGUGCACACGGGCCCACCGCCGGCGCCGCCACCCACCGCCACGUCGACUGUCUCCGCCACCGUCACAAAGUCCGAACAGAUGCAACCCGAGCCGGCGCCGUUGCUCUCGGCGCAAUACGAGCCACUCUCGGACGAGGAUUGAUAGUCGCGUCGGUAAUCGCGUGGUGCUAUCGCUACUUACUGUUCUUUUGUAAAAUUAGUUUGCGAGAAAUAAUACUGUGACGCAUGUUUCCUUGGGGGGAAAUGAAUCCUGCAAGAAUCUAUUCGAGUAUUGGACGAUUCAACCGAUAUAUAUAUAUAUAUAUAUAUACGCUUAUGGGUGUCGCAGAGGCCAUUGCGUUCUUCAUCGGUCGCCAAAUCCCUAAUCUAAUUUAAGAGACUUCUUCUUUUAUAUAUAUGUGUGUGUGUGUGUGUGUGUGUGUGUGUGUGUGUGUGUGUGUGUGUGUGUGUGUGUG